AUGCCCACCACCAAGAGCUCCGUCAUCGCUGGCCUUGUCGUUGCCCUCGGCACGACCUCUUCUGCUCAGAAAUUCACGUACACGACAAGCGAAUUGACCGGCAGAAUUGAAGCAAAUGUACUCGGUGAUGCCUGUCAUCCUGAAGGUACCUAUACCCUUGGAACAAAAGGCCCUACUAUCCCCCCUUGCAUCUCGGAACAAAUGAUCUCCAAGACAUGCGAGGAUAUUUCCGGAUUCUUCGACGCAAAGGACGACGAUGCCAAGGCGCUUGCCUACAAAAACUGCCUUACCGGUCCGGGCAGCACUUACCAAGCGGAUAUGGGUGGCUGCCUUAGCUGCAAGCGUUUCAACGCUUACCUCUCCCCGGGCCAGAAUACCUUUUGGGUUGAGGCCCAGAAGAAGGCCUGGGAGGCUUUUAAGCAGGACAAAUUACCUACCGAUUCGUAUUGGCAGUAUUCACUUCGAUUCUUGCCCUGGGAUCAAUAUCCAAACGACCCCAAGGGAUUCAAGGCCAGCAACACCUCGAUUGAGCACUAUUAUCCCUUCGCUCCCGAAUCGCAAUCCAUCGGCAUCGUGAAUAGGCGCCAAGGUAAAAGAGCGCUGCCGUCUGCCGACGAACCCAGAGUUGUCUUGAUCUGGGAGAAAGGCAGUGUUGUCGGUGCCUACGUCGACAAUAAGCUGUAG